CUCUGUUCUGCUCGGCCUCAGUCGGGUCGGUGUUCGGAGGCACCCAGACGAAGCGAGCGACAGGCUGGUGUAUGUGCUGGACUACUACACACGAAACGUAUCUCGAGUGUAUCGAUGUUGGACCUUGGUCGUGGACCUUGAUCGGCGCGUGUUAUGGUGGAGGAGGCGCUCAGAAAUACACGUUAAAGAUAAUUGACUUCCCAAUCCGUGGGGUUCUUGACGUCCAGCGAACUCAGCGGCCAACACACUUGUCGGUAAAGCAAAGAUUCUAACCGGGGGGCAUUUAGCUUGCGCGCUUCCACUAUGUACAUUUGGCUGUUAAGUUAGUAAAGAUUUGUCUGGAUGCAUUUUAUUAUUAUCCAUGAAAUCUUGCUUGUUGUUGACACUGCGCAUGACAGUUGCAAUGUUGAAUCUCAAAACACGUUAACUCUUCCGGUGUGGUGACGUAAAGAAAUGCGACAAGAGCUAAGAAUAUUGCGCGUCAUUGGAGGUUGUUGGCUGAGUAAUUUCAAUAAGUAGCACAAAAGAGAAGUGCACCAAUGGACAAACACUCCGGUUUCGUCAGCAGUGUUAAUUAAUUCAGACCUCUUUAACGGGAAAGCUGUCGAAGUUUUUGGACGGCGGCGUUGCAGCACAGGGCGAUUUCAUGCCAUUGCGGUGGACUACAAUGCCCAUGCGAAACGGGUCUCUGCGCGCCGUUACGUGCUGAUAGAGGCAGCGGCUACGUCUGUCAGGAAAAAACAAACCGCUUCCGUGUUGUUCCUCUUCUGCAAGAGAGACACAAACAAGAGUUACCCCGCGGGGAGAGACGCGAGUCACCUAGAAUGUAUUUGUAAGCGCGAGACCACGACUCGAAAGCAACCAUGUCGUCAUCGCCGCCCGGCAGCAAGAAGAAAGACAAGCGGAUCCUGUCGGGCUCGUGCCCGGACCCAGCAUGCCAGGCGCGGCUCUUUUUCCCCGCGCAGAGCUCCGCCGCGAGCAUCGAGUGCACCGAGUGCGGCCAGCGGCACGAGCAGCGGAGCUUGCUGCGCAUGGAGGAGGUGACGGAUCCCGACGUGGUGCUGCACAACCUGCUGCGCCACGCACUGCUGGGCGUCACGGGCGCGCCCAAGAAGGGCCCCGAGCUCGUGAAGGUGGCGGGCCUGUCCAACUACCACUGCAAGCUGCUGUCGCCUACGCUCACGCGCUACGGGAUGGACCGUCAGAGCGGGCAGGCGCGCCUGCUGAGCGACAUGAACCAGGGCGACAUGUUCGACUGCGCCCUCCUGGCCGACCGCGCCUUCCUGAUCGAGCGCGAGCACCUGGACUCUGCGGGCUACGGCCAGGACCGCUCGGGCUCGCUACUCUACCUGCGUGACACGCUGGCUCAGGUGCGCGCCGCCAACGGCGACCAGGAGCGGCUCGUUCCCGUGCACGUGGAUGGAGAUGGACACUGCCUGGUCCACGCGGUGUCGCGGGCGCUCGUGGGCCGAGAGCUCUUCUGGCACGCCCUGCGGGAGAACCUCCGCCGCCACUUCGCCUCAAACCUCCCCCGCUACCGAGCGCUGUUCGCCGACUUCAUCGACGCGGCCGAGUGGGACGACAUCAUCAGCGGUGCGCACUCGCCACCGAGGGGGCGCCCCUCGCCUGCGCGGAACGUCCACGUGUUCGGCCUGGCCAACGUGCUGCGGCGCCCGGUCCUGCUGCUGGACUCGCUGAGCGGCAUGAGCUCGCCUGGCGACUAUAGCGCCACCUUCCUGCCCGGCCUGGUGCCGCCCGACGACUGCCGCGAUCGCCACGGCGACCUCAACAAGCCCAUCUGCCUGGCCUGGAGUAGCUCCGCCCAUAACCACUACAUCCCGCUGGUGGGCGUGAGAGGGGCGGGGCCUCCGCGACUGCCCAAUCAGCUGCUGCCCAAGGCCUGGGGCGUCCCGCAGGAGCUGAUCGGCCGCUACAUGGCGCUGGACGAAGAGGGCGGGUGUGUGAUCGGGGGCGAGCGCUCGCUGGGCGACGGCUACCUGCGGCGGCUGGUGGUUGCCAUGGACGCGGUGUUUGAGGGCGAGCACGGCGUGAGCGCCGCCCUGGUGGCCGACGUGCAUCACUACGUUGACGCCGACGCCGCCAACCCCGCCCGGUGA